UGCGGCCGCGUAAAGAAAAUGGUUUAGCACGGGCGCGUAGUAAAUGUUGUGAAUUAAAAAAAUAAAUACGAUUUAAAAAGCGAAAUUUUCGUACAAUCUUUCGAUUUAGAAAGCAUUCAAAGUCUUCUAUAUUUUUUAUGAAUUUUUGGUGCUACAAUUUUGGAUACUAAUAAAAUAAAAUAGAAGUUUCUAUUAAAUGAAUGUGCCAUUUUGAAGGGUUUGAUAAAAGAAAAACAAAUUUUAUUUGCGGUUUAUCAGAAAAAAGGAAAUUAAAUAUUCUAUGCAUCCAGUGUAAAUAAAAAAGUGAAAAAAUGAAAAAAAUUUACGUUUUAGUGAUUUUCUGCUUAGUUUUAACAAAUUCCAUUGAAGCUCAAUCUAAUUGCAUAACUCCGGAGAAUUACUAUGGCAUUUGUACACAAUUCAACACUUGUCCGCAAGUGGUCAAUGCUCAUCGUGCGCGUAAUCAACAAUAUGUGGCAGCUGCACAGCGCGUGUGUGGUGGCAACUUGUUUUGUUGUGCGAUUGCCGCUAAUACACCUCAGCGACAAACAGUAUACCAGCCAACUGUGAGUCAUCGUCCUUCCAAUCCUUUUCUAGCUCAGACGCAACCAACACGUACAGUGCGUCAGCCUCUGUCUUUGGAUUUACGAAGCAUUUUCAAUACAGAUGGAGUUUCACCACAAUUCGUGAAUCAACGAGCAGGGCAGUAUUGUCGUGCGCCCGAUUCUAGCGAAGGAGCGUGCAUAGAAAUCAACAGUUGCGAACCGUUGCUGCGUGAGAUAUACAGUCGAUAUUCCGACCAAAAUUACGUUGAAUAUUUACGCGCAUCGAAUAGAAAUUGCGGUGGUUAUGGCUACGCUGUCUGUUGUCCCUCUGCUGUGGCGAAUAAUGUUGCGCCAUCUCAGCCGGCACCGAAUCCCGCACCAAAUCCAUCAACCGGCUCAGCAGGUGGCUGUGGCGCUGUUCUACGUUCAUUUAAGAAGAUUGUCGGCGGAAAAGCGAGUAAAAUAAGUGACUGGCCAUGGGCGGCCUUGUUAGCCUAUCCGGCGCUGAGUUCCGGUUCGCCAUUCAAAUGCGGUGGGGCGCUGGUCUCAUCUCGGCAUGUGGUAACAGCGGCGCAUUGUAUACGAAAUGAUUUAUCUUUCGUACGUCUGGGUGAAUAUGAUUUGAGUACAGACUCCGAGACACGUCAUCAGGAUGUACGCGUAGCCAGGAAAGAACGUCAUCCCAAUUACAAUAGUCGCAAUGGCCGCAAUGAUAUCGGCAUGGUAUGGCUCGCAAGCAAUGUACAAUUCAGCAAUAACAUAA